AAAUAUUGUUACUUUCCUCUUAUUAGGAGUACGCAUGCCAUGCAUGCAAAGAUACCGAUUGAACAUGUGUAGGCCUACUACACUACAGCAGCUGUACCUUGUACAGUGAUGUAAAUGUGCAGAGCACCUUGUGUGUACAGACUUGUAUCAUGACGUAGUCGUAGGCUACACAUACAUGGACUGGAGGCCCAUUGAAAAGCUCGACAAAGUUUGUUUGGACUCUGACCAGUCAUUUGUUUCACCUGGUGGCUGGUUUGAUGGAGCAAACAACAUAAAGCUGAAAGUAAAGGCUGAUUCUGAUUAGUGAGCGCACAGUUAGUUCUAGUUGGGGUCUGGGCAGGGGUAAGGGCUGCUUUGGUUUGGGUAAAAAUGACUGCCAUAAGAAUAUGUAGGCCUUUGACUAUGUAAAAUGCUCGACUGCUGUGUAUAGAGGUUCCUCACUGACGUGACAUGAAGACGUUGCCAAUUGUUUUGCACUGCCAUAUUGGGCGUCAUGACUUUAAGGAAAUGCAUUGGCAGGUGGCCGUCAAAACGUCACGUCGUGACGUCACGUGAAGAACCUCCAUAGCCACAGCCUCCUAAGUCCUAAAAAACGGUAGUAAAAAGCACCCCGCCAUGGCAAUGCAAGCACAAACCAGCUAUGUAAUCAAACUUGCCGAAUAACUUGCUCACCUGCCUGAAAAAUGUCUGUUUAUCUUGCAGCUCUUGCUGAAAUAGAAGUGCAAGAAGACCUUGGUUGGAGGUCAGCUGGUCGCUAUGGACACAGUGAAUGUAGACGAGAACAUCCGCCUCAGGAUGAUAUUGUUUGCCUGGAUCCUCCUCUGAUCAUUGGCACGAGCAGGAUGAAUACGUCUUCAAAUCAUCAAGCAUCCUGUUUGUCUGACCAGCACAGAAAUCCAGCUGGAUAUAAUAUGAAGAAUACGGCACAGAUUCCAAAGGCAUCUGGAUCCAACAAUAAUACGGGGCAAAUCCACCACCAGGUGGAGGAUGGAAAAAUGAUCUACGCAACCCCAACUCAGCCGGUGAAUAAUUCCCCAAUAAGAAACUUUUCAUUGGACAAAGUGCGGAAACUGAUCUGUGUGGAUAAGAUCAAUUCAGAAGUCAAUCAGACAAGGAAUGUACAAAGCAUUUCAUCCCAAAACAAUAGUUUCCCGGUGCAGCAAAACUCUCCACAGAUAUCCAACAGAUCUGUUGCAGUAUCAAGUCCGUCUGGUGGAAAUCAGGGAGUUCAAUUUGUCCAACAAGUUUCUGGGUCAAACAUUGACUCCACUGUACCCACAAGAUCAAUAUCAAGUCCUAAUAUACGGAAUAUGCUUGUGAAAGCGACGAUACCCCAGCGUAUGGUCUUGCAGGACGAUAACGCGUCAUUACAUGAUCAACUAAUGGCUGGAAAGAUCAUGGAUUCUGCUGGGAACCAGGUGAUGAUCUCGAGUGGUUCAAGUUCUGGAACAGCACAGGAAGAUCUUGAAGGCUUUGAUGAUUUGAUGAGCAUGGACGAUGGCUCCACUGUGCACAUACCUGAGGCCUCGGAAGUCUUGCUAGUGAAAGCACCAGGAGGUGGGUCGAGUUACAUCAUGAAGGAUGGACAGAGAUAUGCGUUCGUGAGAGAGACUUUGGAAAAUUCAACACACUCUUUGGUUGUUCCUGCGGGCGGAAGCAAAAAAGUUGUUGCUGGAUUACUCAGUCCUUCUAUUGCUAAAGACAAUCUGAGUGGUGGUGGUGCUGGUGAGAAAAGGCCCAAGGUCAACAACGGUGGACCCAGACAUGGGAGUGCGACUGGCUCUAACAUGAAUGCUGUUUCAUCUAAAUCUGGUGUGGCUUCCACCAGUAAGGAAGAUCCUGCUGGGAGUGGGAAGAAUUUGCUGAAUUCAAGACUCUGGAAUUAUGCUGAAAAAACAACUGGGCCUUUGACAAGGCCGCCCCUCCAUAAAGACUCCACUGAUGGUGCAAGAACAUCUAAGGCUGAUGAAGAUGGUGCUGUUCUGAUCCCUACACAAGAUGAAGACAUUCAGAUUAAGAAACAGAAAUUAGCUGAUGACCCGCUGUUAACAAUAGUAUGUAAUAACUGUGGUAACCUAACGCGUAGCUGGAAGGUCUGCCAGUUCUGUAAACGUGUUAUUCCACCGAAGCCCACCUGGCAUCACCGUGUAACGAUUAAAGCACUGAGUUCAAGGAACAGCGCUAACUCUAGUGAUUCGAAUUCAAAUCCGUCGGCGGAGAAAAGUGUGAUGGACAAAGCAUCGUUCUAUGGAAAUAAGUUGAAAGAACAGUCGAAAUCGUACAACAAUCUCAAAGAUAGCGAGGCGUCUAAACCGAAGAGAAAAGUAGCAAGAUCUACGCGAGGAGGAAAUGCUAGAGGCGGCAAGAGGAUACAGAGAAAAAUAUUUACGGAGACUGUGACAAUCUCAUCUGAUGAAGACGAAGAGCCCUUCGCUGACAAUUCUGUCAAUGAUUCCUCUAUGAUCUCGGAGACGUCCGCUGUACCAUCUACUAGUCAUGAUGCUUCCCUAUCCAUGCCCACAGUAGGAGACUCUCCCAGCCCCUCCCCAGCACCCAUAGCUGCUGGCACAACAUGCAAGGUGUUGUCUAGGCGAGAGAGAAUGGAAGAUCAGGAUGGCAACCGUGUGAUGAAGCAAGCGCAGCCUGAACAAAUACCUUGUACUGAUGUGAGCCGAUUAGACUUGGAGGCACGCGGCAUCAGGCUCGGUUCCAUGAAGGGUGUGCCCUAUAAACCAGUAUUAUUGUCUGUGGAGGCUGUACAUAUUGACUGUGAAACCUCAGAUGAGACGGUGUCUUUGGUCAUCCAUAGCCAUGAAAUCCUCGCUUGUCACGCCCAUCUAGCUGCGAGCAUGCCUGCACUGUUUCUCUAUGUGACUCCAAGCUGCGGGAGAAGAAUACGUGAAAAGUGUAAAAUGAAGAAAGAUGGGCCUUAUUUUGACCCAGCGGGUGAAGAUGAUUCACAAAAGCGUAUUGCCAUCAUGUUUAAGACGAUGGCAUCAAAAACUGCCAAAAGCAUUGAGUCGGUUUUCAAGCAGAUUGCUGCGAACAGAAGCCCGCCGGAGGAUGCAUCAAAUCUUUUUAAGCAGAUCACCUUUGCGGCUGCUAAUGAUAUACUCGUUGCAGUGUCGCAACAUAAUAAAAAUAGAAAGGCUUCUGUCAUCAAAAAAGCUAAGCCAGGCACCAGGCCAGUUCAGGCCAAUGAUGUAUCUAGCUCGAGUUCUAGGUCAAGGUCCCCUGCUGUACCCAUGGAGACGGACCAGCUAGAGGACGGCUCUCCGCCUGAACUCGAUGAGCACCGCCCUGUUUUCACUGGACCAGUUGAGAAAUUGAUCGUCUACCCUCCGCCACCUGCCACCGGCGCCAUUACUGUGACAAAUGAAGAUCUCUUCUGUCUGAAUGAGGGCGAGUUUCUCAAUGACACCAUCAUUGAUUUUUACCUCAAAUAUGUAGUCCACAAUGAACUGAGUGAAGAAGAACGGGAUAAGACACACAUAUUCAACUCCUUCUUUUACAAACGCUUGACACAGAAACAGGCACGACUCUCCUCGUUAGCAGACGACGUCACGUUACCGCCAAUUUUGAAACGGCACGCUAGGGUCAAGACAUGGACGAGACAUGUUGAUAUAUUCGCCAAAGAUUUUGUGAUAGUUCCCAUCAAUGAGCAUGCUCAUUGGUUUUUAGCCAUCAUCUGCUUCCCAGGUUUGAAAGAACCUGAAUUUGAGAAAGUCAUACAUCCCAAGACUAAAGUAGCAAUACAAAAACAAAAACAGACGUGUAUAUUAGUCAUGGAUUCAUUAGCUGGUCCUAGUCGCCAAAAUAUCAUUAGAACAUUGAGAGACUAUCUUCAAGUUGAAUGGGAUACAAAGAAGAAGGAGACAGAUGGUGCUAGGGUAUUCAAUAAGGACUCGGUCCGUGGUUCCACAGUCAAAGUGCCUCAGCAGAACAACUACAGCGACUGUGGCGUGUUCAUUCUUCAUUAUGCGGAGUCGUUCUUUAAGGACCCAAUAGAUGACUACACGUUCCCGUUGUCGCUGCAGCGCUGGUUCCCCGUGGAGGACGUCACGAACAAACGUGAUCAUAUCCGUGAUGUGGUCCUGACACUGAAAGCCCAGCAGGACAGUUGAGGUCCAAGAUAGAUGGCUUCCAUGAUGUCAUGGCAGAUGGCGUCAGGAAACAGGGCCUAGUCGCUUGUGAUUUCUGGUGGAAAUGCACCAGAUGCACAAGGAAUGUGACUCUGUUGAGUUUUGCUGUCUGCCGUUCAGCUAUGCAAGUCAUCUAAAGAUGUAAUUGUUGAAAUAUUUUGAGGCAAUGGAUUUGUUUUCUUAGACUGGAUGUAACUGGUGAUAGCAGUGAUAGAUAUACAACAGACACAGAUAGCUAGAGAUAAUUGGUGUUGCGGAUUGGUCAAAGGAAAUAGUUAUGAUGAUAUUUACACUUUCUCCUCUGCUGCAUGUAUGUGCAAUACUUGGUUGCCUGUGUGCUCUUCUUUGGUGAUUGAAUUCGAUUCUAAUGUAUUUGAAAUUAUUGUGGUGGCCAAGGUUGGAGGUUUCUUAUGCUGGUUCAUGUGUACAGUCUGGUUCAUCAUAUCAUAAAAUAUAUCUAUUACAAUCAAUUGACUUGCAUGACUCUUUUGAGGACAAGAGUACUGUCUCUGACAAAUGUGGUUUUGGCAGAUCCCAUGAUGGCCAUCUUACAAGCAUGUUGACAUUUUGUCCCACCAAAAUUGCCCCCCCCCCUUCACAAUGAGGACAGAGCUGUCAACAUCACCUGGUUGAAGUGACAUAUGUCAUACUCUGGCCAACACUGAUGUUACUCUUGUCUUUGCUAAUGUUUCACCAAAAUGAAAUCUUCAAAUUAUGACUGUAAAGGAAGGUUGGCGUGAUGAAUUCUUCGAAUAAUGACUGUUUGCAAAGGAAGGUUGUGUAAUA